AUGGAAAAUCAAAAAAAUAAAGAAAAUUGUUCAAUAUUUAAUCUUUUUGAGAUCUCUUUUGAUGCUGGUUCAGAACCAUUAUUUCAUGGUGGUGAACGUAUUACAGGAACAGUAAAAGUUAAUUUAAAUGAACAAGUUACGAUAAAAGCUAUAAAACUUCAAUUUAAAGGAAGAGCAGCUUGGAGAGAUGAUGCUUCAUCAAAAAGUGGUGAAGUUGAAAAAGUAUUUUUUGAUAAAGAUUUUGUACUUCUUGAAAGACCACCAGGUCAUCCUGAACCAGGACAUUUUUUAUGGAAACCAAAUUAUACAUAUAGUCUUCCUUUUGAAUGCCCAUUACCAAAAGGAUGCCCAACAUCUUAUGAAUCUCCUAAUGCUUUUAUUAGAUAUUUUGCUAGAAUUACUUUCCAAACUGAUGAUGUGCUUUCAGUUCAGUAUACUGCCAAGAAAGGUUUUACUGUUAUAUGCCCACCAGAUAAUAAUAAAGAAUUAGUUGUUCCAUCAAAAAUAAAUACUGUUGGAGCAAAUGAGACAUGUCUUUAUGGUGGUUGUUGUUGUCGUGGAAAAUUACAAGCAGAGGUUACCCUACCUAAAAAUGUAUAUUUUCCAGGUGAAAAAGUUUUAGGAACAUUUAAAGUUCAAAAUAAAAGUUCAAAAAAUUUUGUAGAAAAAGUUGAUGUGAGACUUGUUGAUAAAGCAACACUUGUUGAUGGUGAUGUUGAUGGUACAAAAACAGUCAUGUAUAGAACAUUAGUUCUUAGAAAACUUGAGAAGAACGAUGCAAUUAAAAAGAAAAAAAAUAUUGCAAAAGAUGAUGUUGAAUAUAUGACAAUACCACCAGUUAUACCAACAACAUUUUGGGAUGGAGAGGAUGAUAAUAUUGGAAAUGAUAAAAAUUAUAGUUUAUCAUAUAAUAAAACAAAUAUGAUGGAUUCUUCACCUUCAAUUGCAACAUUGAAAUUUAGAAAAACUCCUUUCAUUAAAAUUGAGUAUUGUAUUCAAGUAACGUUUGGAGAUCAAAUCCUUCUUGAAUUACCAAUAAUUAUACUUCCUUUACCAACAGAAGGUAUAAAUAUUGAGUAUAAAGAAUUUCCAUUAGGUCCACAAGAAUUCUCUGAUAGUGAUGAGAAUGACAAAACCUUAAUUGGUGGACCAUUUAAAUAUGCUCCUAUUUAUCCAGUCUUGAUAAAUGCUGAUGAAGUUAUUAAACAAGAAGUUGAAUCAAUUCAAGCACCAGAUACUCCAACACAUCUUAUAUUAGAAGUUCCAGAAAAUAUUAUUAAAAGAGAACCUUUAGAAGAAAUACCUGAAGAAGUUACUAGUAAAAGUGAAUUUAGUAAAGAAAGUGAUGAACCUGAAACUGGAAGAGAAACAAUAAUAACAAAAAUAAUUGAAAAAAAAGAAAAUGGUGAUGUUGUAAAAGAAAUAAUAAAAACCACAACAGAAAUAACUGAAUUAGAUCAGAAUGGUGAUAUUGUUGUAAAAACAGAAACACUUAUUAAAGUGAAUAAUGACUCACCUAUUGAGGAUAAAAAAGAAUUACAUUAUUUAAUAGAACAUCAAUCAUCACCAACAAUUGAAAUUUCUAAUGAUAAUAAUGAAAAUAUUUCUAAUGAGAAAAGUAAUGUAAAACCAUUAAUUGAGGAACCAGAUGAUGAUGUUAAAAUUGGUUCAGAUAAUGAUUCAUCAAUAUUAAAUGUUGUUAUAGAUAAAAAUGAAAAAUUAUCAAAAGAAGACAAUGAAAAUGAUGAUGAAGGAAAUAUUGAUCCUAAUGUACAUGUUGAAAAAAUAAUUGAAACAAAAGAAGAGAUAGAUGAUGAUGGUAAUACUGUUAUAACAACAAUUGAAAAAGUGAUAACAACAACAUCAACAGAUGGUCAAGUUUCAGCAGAAGAAGCUAAAGGAAUUUUUAAUGAAAUGAUAAAAGAAGAUGAAGAUGAAACAUUAAAUGGGAAUGAAAAUAAGACAGUAGAGACAUAUGAAGAGAUAGAUGAAGAUGGUAAUAGGACAAUUGUUAUUCAUGAAAAAAUUUCAUCUACAACACACAUGGUAUCAACAGCAACAAAAGCCAAUGAAAAUGGUAAAAUUGAUGUAUCAACAGCAGUUGAACAAGAAAGUUAA